GUCAUUUGAACCGCGAGCUCCUAAGGCCGAGGGCGCGUUCCAGAACAUGGGUGCUACUCUCUCCGAGCACCAGGAGCGGUUCAUGGUGGCUUCGCCGCCCGGGGCCGCCUCCCCCGCCACGCCUGCGCCCCCAGCCGCACCUGGAGAGCCGAGUGCUCCGGCACAGGCGCCGGUGUUCAAAAACUGUUGGAGCUGCCGCGUGCUCUCCGGAUCGGGGCUGAUAGGGGCGGGCGCGUACGUGUACUGGGCGGCGCGGAAGCCCAUGAAGCUGGGCUACGCCCCGGGCCCGGGGACGAUCACGCAGAUGGUCGUCGGCAUCAGCAUUGCUUGUUGGGGUGUAGUGGUCCUGACAGACCCCAAAGGGAAGGCCUAUCGCGUUGCCUGAAAGUACCACGAGUGAACUUGUCAUCUGGCCUUGUUCCCACGGCCCGAGGAGCGAGCAGGGAGUUUGUGGAUGCCCGGACAGACACGUGGACACGGACACACCUCAGGACUGUGGGCACUGCACGCUGCAGCAGCCCACGCGGGACGGCUUUCCUCUGGCUGGUUGUAUCGUCGCAGGUGUCCUGGGAACCAAUAAAUGCCUCACAGAAGAAAA